AUUGAGGUCAAAGAAGAACCUGUGACGGAACCAGAACCUCGUGCGAUGUCGGACAAUGAAAACACAAGCAGAGACUUGUCGAACUGAAGAGACAUCUGGCAGACCUUUUAGCCAAUGUCCAAACUGAAGCUGAUGCCCAAGUGGUGCAGAAAAGGACGCAGCUGCAGAAAGCAAAAGAAAAGAGAGCAGAGCUGCUGGAGAAUGAUGCGAAAACAAGUCAGGAGAAAUUUGACGAGAUUGAGAGGGGAUUGUUGCUCAKCAGUCAGAUGGAGAGCCUUCAGGACCAGCGGGAAGCCCAAAACAAGCAGCAGGAGCUUUGUGCUGUUCUCUUACAAGACAAAAAGAAACACACAAAGACGUUUCAGCAGGAACACAAGCUGGCAGGUGAUUGCUACGUGAAGGAUUUGAGGAAGAAUGCCGAGGAGAUAGACCUAGGGAUUGAAAGGAUGGUGGACCAAACUAAAACCCUGACACAAGCAUACAGGGAGGAGAUGGCUCAGAUCGAGCUCGAGAGUUUCUCUGAGGGGAGAAAAAAUGCGGAGGAAUUCGAGGAGAGAAGUCAUGAGCUGAGGUUUCAGAAUGCUUACACCCGUGAAGCUUUGGAGCUGGAAAACAUGGCAAAGAAGCAGGGUCAGAAGAGAGAACAGGAAAAACAAAACAAAGCCAGCGUUCUUCAGAGACUGAAAGACCUCGGCAUAAAAGAUGAGGCAGAACAGGCCGAGAUCUCGUUGAUCAUUCGUCUAUGCAAGAAACUCAGGGAAAUGUACAAAAUAAAACAAAAAUGCGUGAAAGAACAGGAAGAGUUGGCAAAGCAGAGGCGUGUGYGGGCUGCGGAAAACAAACGCUCGAACCAGAUGUACGAACGCAGAAAAGUGCAAAUCAAGCACUCUCCAGUUGCUGAUGCCAGAAAGUACGAGGAGAUGCAGCUAAUGAUCUAUGCAGAUUCAAAGCAACUCGCAGAGAGGGCUUUGCUCAUCGACUCRGUGAUCUCCAAUCAGCUCCUUGGCUUACCCUGGGAGAAACCACCUUUGGAUUUCAUGGAGCUCCCUCAUCCCAGACGGUCUCAAGAACCGGCAGCGGACAGUGGCAGUGGUCCAGAGCGGGAGGAAGAGGAUUUCUUGAGUGAGACACAGAAGAAAGUGAAAGAGCUGCUUUGCCAUGAAACGGACUUCCUAAUGGAAACGAAUGUCCUGAAACUUCUUGCUCCCCUGGAGGAUGAGGAACAAACCGAUGUGAAGCUGGCGACCCUCGUUUAUUCUUUGGGCCUCGACAACAACGAUCUACCUGAGCUAACUGAUUUCUUAUUAAAUUACGAGCAACAGCAGAGGGAGCAAAAUAUGGAUGCCUGUGCUGAGUCCAGGGACUCGGCAGAGGCAGCAGAGAGCAGAGCUACGACAAAUUCAGCCUCUGAGCUCAUCRAUCCUAACAAUGUGCUACCUGCUCUGAAAAGAUUCCUCAAACGCACAAGGAGGAGCUCAGCCCCUCAGCAGGACUCUUCAGAGGAUGAAGCGUGUUGGGAAAGUCUGGGAAACUUAGUGUCUGAGGAGAAACUCCAACUGUGGGAUACGGCAGAAAUAACACAAAAGAAGUACCAUGCUGUGCUGACAGACAUUUCUGAUCUCGCUCUGGAGACAGAUCGUCCGAAGCAGCGAAACUCUGAGUUGAGGGUGCAGCUGCAGCAGCGUCUCGCCUCAACAGAUGACUCUUUGCGUUCGCCAUAUUUCACCUCCAUCUGUGUGACUGCAGGAUUAAACCCUAGAGAGAUUURUCAGCAAAUUCAGAACAAUUAAAAAAAUUUGCAAGUACAGUGCAGUAUAUUAUGUAUGUAAAAUGCAGUCCAAUUACUGUAGAUCAUUUUUUACAGGUUGGCUCCGGACAUAUUAUACAAAAUGUGUUUGAAAAGUGUUUCUGAAGUCAGCAUCAAAAUAAAAGACUUACUGUAAUAAA